AUGGCUGGACCCUUGGAUCCUUGCGUCGAGUUGCCAGCCGCUCACGAGCUUCGCUUCAAGCUCAUUGGACAGAACCAGGGUCUUGGCCAUGGAGACACAAACAGAUCAAGGCGGCUCAAAUUAAGUACAGUAGCACUCAUCUGGUGCCUCAACAUGAACAGCCCGCCAAACGAAGGAUCAGAGCAUGGUCCACCAAACGAGCACAUUUCACUGAGGCAUGCUGUCAUCAACUGGGAGACAUUCAUCCUCUACUACAUAGACGACCAAAGAACAAACCUGGCACACCGGUGCGGGUCCGGCCCCUCCAAUCGGCCCCGCCCCGUCAUUUCCCACCCACAGCGGGCUAUGCCUAAUCGCAUGGCACUGAGAUUGCAACAACAGCCUCAGCUGGGUAUUCAGGCGCCCAAGCUGCGUAGGUCGCCAGUCCAAGGAAUUUUCACAAGAAAGAAGCGACGGAAGCAUGUAAUGCAUGAGGAUGUUUGUCCCAUCCAGCCCCAAGCAAGGCCUAGAACCAGUAAGGACGCCCAGCAACCUCCCUCGACUUGA